GUUUCUUCCACCCGCUGGGGGUGGAGAAAGGGGCUGGACGUCUGAGAUCACAUCCCUCUUCCACUCCCUCCCACCCCGAUUCUCCAAGAAGAAAAGGGGCAGGAUCGUUAAGAGAUCCCCGAAGUCGGGCAGUGGGGGUUGGGGAGCUGCAAUGGAAGAGUGGGGCGUCCUAGGUGAGCGGCAGAAGGAGCUCUACAGGGAUGUCGUGCAGGAGAAUUACGGGAACGUCAUGUCGUUGGACUCCAAGGCCACAGGAGGUUGAAAGCAGAAAGCAAGCUAGUCAAAGAUUCCCUGUCGUGAAACCCGCUAUGAUCUCCUGGAUGGAGCAAAGGGACGAACCGCGAGUCCUGAACCAGGAAUUGGACCGAGGGCCAGAGGAAAGGGAAAGCACAAGAGAUGCCCACACAGAUGAUGGGACAACCAGCGAGAAUGAGGAAUGGGAAGAGGAAGAUGAGCUGGAAACCCAGGUUGCGCCUGAUGACCCUGACUCUGAGGAUCCCCCCGUAGUCACCUCCCCAGUCCUGGACUGGGAAGAGGCCUGUGAAGCCCUGCAGGGUGGCAGCAAAGAUGUCAGCAACACCAAGGCUAGAGGGGGGAAAUCCACCCGAAGGGGGCGCCCCUGGGGUAGCCGUCGCUGUCGCCUAAGCUACCGCCGUGUGUCUGCCACUCCCACAAGAUUCUUUGACUGCACUGACUGUGGGAAGAGCUUCACGCUGAGCUCGCACCUGAUCCGGCACCAGCGAGUACACACAGGGGAGAGACCGUUUGGGUGCCGGUCAUGCACCAAGAGCUUCUCUCAGCGGUCAGACCUGAUGCGCCAUGAACGCACGCACACGGGUGUCAAGCUCUACCGCUGCACCCAGUGCAACAAAUCCUUCUCUGAGAGCUCCCACCUCAUCCGUCACCAGAUCAUCCACUCGGGCGAGAAACCUUACAAGUGUAACAUUUGUGGCAAGCGCUAUGGUGACAGCUCCUACCUCACAGUGCACCAGCGGGCCCACACGGGCGCCCGCCCUUACCGCUGCGCCCGCUGCGGAAAGAGUUUUGGCCGGUCCUCCACUCUCAUUCGCCACCAGCGUGUACAUGGUGACCCUGCGCCAGCCCCUGGGGAUAAGCCGCGCCCUCGAGGCAUCUGGACAGCAUUCGCCUGCCUGCCGAGUGAUGGGGAUAGGGACUCUGAGCACAUCCUGCCACCUCCGAGAACACCAGCAUUGCCUGGGCCAUCUCUCACGCCACCCAUGCUGCCCCUGCCGCCUUCAUCUCGGAUUGACCCACGCUCCAUGAGGAUUAUGGGGUGGCAGUGGGGCGUGGAGUAAGAGGCAGAAGUGUGGUCAGUAGGAGGGGCAAUGACACUGGCAGCAACUGCUUGCUCAAAAGCAAUUGAAUAAUGCACGUGACUAUGGGAUUUGAUUGCUGAGAGGACAUUGAUCUUUAGGAAGAAAGAACUGGGGACGGGUAAUUCAUUGCUAGGGAGGGAAACGGUUGCCAAGGUGACCAAAUAACUUGUGAUGUUAUAAUUAAGAGUUUAUUGACCACUAGACAAAAAGGUUGACUGGGGGCUCUGUGCUGGAAGCAAUUAAUUGCUGUGGGAGAAAUGGGUUAAGGAAUAGGAGGGCAGAUAAUCGUAAUACUUUGGUUACCAGAGCUAAUUCCAUUCCUAGGAUGGAACAGCACAUAGGAAUGGUAUACUGGGGCAAUGCAUCAGUUACCAGGGCAACAGAGCUGGGUUGUUUGGUUACCAUGGGUGAUUAGUUGCUAAGAAAAGGUAAAUUGGAUGCCAGUGUGAUUCAGGGAGUUAUAAUUCGAUUGCUCAGGCAAUGACUGAGAAAAAAAAGUAAUUAGUUAGCAAAGAAGUCAGCUUUUUGUUCGGUUACUGGGGUCAGCUGUUCUGAUAAAGAAGGGUAGAGAUCAUGGGAUGGGUUGCUUAACCCUAUUAGCUGAUAAGGAAAGGAAUCUUGAGUUGGUAUCCAGAUAAUUAAGAUAGUGGAGGUCUAAGUAAAUCUCUGGCUGUCAGAAGGGAAUGGUAAACAUUGGUCAUGUAAGUGACCAGUUUUCAUGGUAGCAAAAGAAUGAUGGUUGGAUUGAUGGUGAAUAGAAUGGGAGAUUGACUCCCAUCUUUGCAUGGCUACUCAGGGAAGGACAGCACAUGAACAGCAGCUGGUUAAAGGAGAAGUUCAGUGGCUUCACAGUUGUGUUAGUGAAAACUUCAGUGCUUGUUUAUUGGGUGGGCCGUGAGAAAAGUAUUUUCACAAGGGAGGGUUGUCAGAUUUGAAAGCCAGGUAUUGGCUACAAAAUAUGUGGAUUAGUAUUACACAAUCUCAUUUAGGCCAAGUUCUCACAUAGGCGACACCUGUGUCUGGGCUAUACUACUUUCAUCUGCACGUGGGGGUUCACGUAAAGCCCUCUUCAGACUGGUCUUCCAUGUGUUUACACAGUGAAGAGGGGGUGGGGUCACACUUGCUUACCGGCCCUACUCCUGACAUUUUGGGCACUGCCAACCUCUCCCACCCCAACAUAAUGCUGAACACAUGGAGGAUCCAUCUGAGAGGGCUAGGAACACAUGGAGCUGCUUUAUAUUGAAUCAGACCUCUGGUUCGUCAGUAUUGCAGACACUGACUGGCAGUGGCUCUCUAAGGCAGAGGUGGAUAAUCUUUUUCUGCCCAAGGGGCACCUUCCCUUCUGGACAUCCUUCUGGGGACCACGUACCAGUGAUGGGUGGGACCAGAGGCAAAAGGGGGCAGAGCAAUCAGUAUACACGUAACAUUUACACAGUAGGCUAAUUUCUACACAUGCUCAUGCACCCCUCCCAAGAGUUCAAGGACACAUUCCAGCCAGGCAAAAACAUACGAGGAGGAAGUGAAGGAAAGCUAGUGAGGGGUGUGGCCAAGGAAAAAGCGGGUGGCUGGGGAGAGUUCUGAGGCCCAGAGAGAGAGAGAGACCUGGAGGGCCACAUUUGGCCCAGGCGCCAGAGGUUCUUCACUCUAGCAUUUCAGACGGGUCUUUCCCAGCUCUGUCUGGAGGAACUGAACUGAAUUCUUUUCCAUACAUAAUUUCUUCCACAUGUGAGGGAGAAAGGUUAUAGACUACCUUGCAAGGUUCCUAGUUGUGUACAGAUUGCAUGCACAUAGACCUGCAUGUGCAUAGAGCUGGCAGGAUGGGACCAAAGGGAAAGAGCCAACUUCCUGGAUUUUGAAGCUGAUCUUAGAUGUCAGGGAGGAAGUUUCUAGCUUAGCCCUAUUCCUGCAAUGCUAGGUUUUUGGGGUUUUUUGCAUGGAUUUGCUUUUGGGGGGUGAUGGAAUGGAGGUACAUUCAAUUCAGGUGAGUCCACAAUUUCAGUCAAAUACGGUACAAUCCAGAGACAGGUUGACCACCUCAGUGACACCUAGGCCUUAACUGGGAGAGUGAGGGGACUGAGUUCUUGGAUUAUGGGGUUCUCCUGUUUGCCAGCGGUGAUGGGAUUAACACCGGAAGGGGCAGAAGAUUGCUAGUGAUGGAGCUAGGCUGCUUUUGUUUCUCGGAGACAGAUGGCAUUGAGAGUGGGUUACCAGGUACAGUUGAUUACCUGGGGGAAAAUGGCAUCUUGUUUCCUUGGGAAGUGGGGUGGAGGAGGGUGGGGUAAGGUUAGUUGCUAGGGGGUGUAAAGGACAUAAAAUGCCAGGGGGGACAGUUGGUUGCUAGGAAGUGGGGAAACUGGCAACUUGGGUGCUUUUAGAAUUUUUGGUUGCUAUGCAGCCAGGGACUGACCACUUAGUUACUAGGCCUGGUUGCUUAAGAGGGAGAUUUGUAGUUUGGUUACCGAGGCAAUUGGUUGCUAGGAGACAGCAGGUAGUGGAGGUGUGAGGAAACUGGCGGGUUUGGGUUGCUAUCUUAGUUGUAUCCGUGUCUCUCCUCCCCCCCCCCCCCAUUCAGGCAUCCCAACAAUCUGCCCUUGCUAAGAUGUCCCCAGCCCUUUUCAUUCAAUCCGAUAGAUACCUGUCAGUGGAUGGGCUGUUUCCGGUAGUUCUUUCAGGCCUUGGUUCUCUGGUCCAUCUCCAACUUCCUGCUUGGACUUCUGGGAGAGGAGAAGGGUUUGAAUGAGAGAGGCCACUCAGAAUGUAAAAGAGGAUGACUUCAGGAGAUACUGCACAAAGGGCAUGGCAGAGGAGAAGAGACACCUGAAAAUAUGUAUUGGGGCGGGUUAAGUAACCUGUUGUCAUUGCUAGAUUGGGGCUUUGCUCCUGGGAAGUAAGGAGGUUUUUGAUGGCAAAAAUGGAGACCCCAACCAAGAGGCAAAGGCAACCAAUUUGUGGAAGGAGAUAGAUAAAAUGUAUACAUUGGGGCUGGAACCCAAGUUGUUAUUAAGUCAGCUUUCCUUCACUGAUAAAUUUUUAUGCCUGUUUCGGAGGAAGGUUUUUUGGGAAGUUCUCAGUACUUAUAAGAUAACAACUUGUAUUUAUUGGCCCUUUGAUCUUUGCCUUCCCCAUUCUUCCAUAUUUGUAUCCUAGAGCACUCUCAUUUAGAUUCUGAAUUUGUUAUAGGCGGGGGGCCUUUUAUUAAAAAAAAGGAUUAUAAUACAAAGAUGAUGUCUGUAAAAAGCUCUUGAGGGGACUCUGUGGUGCAAUGCAAA